AUGACUAUUGAGAAUCGAGACGACAUCGAAUGGUCUAUUCCUGCAUUCAAAGGGAUUCAGAUCAGCUCAAUCGCCUUAUUUGCGCCGGUCUUGUUAUCAGACUCGGUCUUAGCUCGAUCACGCGAUAUGCUCAAGGCUUACUUACGAGUAUUCGAUCCCACAGGUCAUCAAUUGACGUGGAAUAACUCUACAGGGGCUCCCAAAGAAGCACUUGAUAUCUCCUGGGCUGAGUUGCUUGAUGAGUACUUACGUCCACAUGAAUGCGUAUUCGAAACAGAAAGCGGAGGGAAAGGGCUAUGCCCUGCGCCGGCACGCAGAGGUGAUCUAGUAGUGAUAUUGUAUGGAGGAGCAGUGCCAUUUUUACUUAGACCGACAGAUUCCCCAAGUUUCUACACGUUUGUAGGAGAAUGUUACCUUGAAGGUUUCAUGAAAGGCGAGGCGUUUGCUUCGGAAGGCCACGCCUUCGAAGAGAAUAUUUUCAGACUAGUCUAA